UGGGAAAUAAACAUCUAGAAUUUGUCCCAAUGAAACUGAAGAUGUCGUACAAAACAAGAGGCCUUUCCCGUCGCAGCUAGCUGCUCCUGCCCACUCGCACACGGCAAUUGUCUGCCACUAGACGUAGUUGUUAAGUGUGUGGGGCCAUGUGGCCUUCGCUGCAUGCAGCCGCGCACCAAACGGUGCCCGCACACAAGUGCGCAGCCCAGGCGGGCUGCGAAAUAGGGCUUGCCAGUGUUCUGUAAGCCUACUCUACCUUUAGAAGGACGAUGACUGACUGAGGACCUUGCGUUCUGUGCUCCUGGUCCCGCUUUUCCUUGACCUUAACGCUGUCUGCCAUUUCGGUAUUGAAGCACCUUCUGGCAACAACUAUAAUAGAUAGGAGACGCACGUGUGGAGCCAGCAAGGCUCGCAAUCGUGUCCUUUGCCUCCUGGCGGGGUAAAGAGGGAGUGGCGCUCCUUUUUAAGCAAAAACUCCGCUCCGUAUAUUGUGGAGUCCUCGUAUCGAUUCUGCGCUGUGGAACCUGCAGUUUGGCGACUGUCAUUCGCGUAGCAGAUCCUUCAGCCACUAGCGCCAAGCAGAUCUCCCGAAAUCUUGGCGCUCCUUAGCAGUUAGUAAAUAUAUAGACACCAGCCCAUUCCCUAACCAGAUAUCGCCUCAGCAUGGCUGCCGCAGCCGCCGGUGCUGCAGCAGCGCAGAGCUUCCUGGCUGGCCAUGAGAACAGUCUCGCGGGGUUGAUGCAAGAGCUCGGCUAUGGUGUCUCUGCGGAUGAGGCUUGCUUCAAGGCUCUGCUGCGAAACCUGCCGGAGCCCCCAUCGGAGCAGACCAUAGCCGAUGUGCUGCUUCUUAUGGCCCGCACGCACACCGGCCUCAAGGAGCCUCAGCCCGGACUGCAAUCCGCACUAUGGAUGGCUCUCGUACUGGGAACUCCACCUCCCGAGGCAGCUGCGUUGACCACAUGGAACUGGCCGCUGGUCGUUGACUGCCUGAAGUCCAGCCUCCCAGGCAGGAUCAGCUGGUCAAAGGUAGCCGAAUGCCUCGACACCGAGCGCUGCGUGCUGCCGGAUGCGCCCGCCUUCACGCUUCUGGCCUCCGCCUACCGUCGCGGUGCGGGUGAGCAGCUACCCAUAGCCGCCCUCACGGGUCGGCUGUGGAAGUUUCCCGCCUGCCAGCUAUCGUUGCUGAAGCUGGCUGCGGCCGCGCCUCCGGACGUGUACAGCUUUGAGGGCUCGAAGCGCAUCGUGAGUCCGCUGGAGGGCAUGAACAUUGCGGCUCUCAGUCCCAACCGAGCUUGGGCGUCCAUCGAUCUGCUGCAGGCCCUAUGUCUCCUCAUGGAGGCCGCAGCGCUGGUGGGUCCCGCUCGUGACGUGCUGCAGUACCCCGCCUCCGCCUGCCCCGACCUGCUGCUCGUUUGUAUUGCGGAGACGCGCACCACCUGGAACCUCCUGAUGCGCGACGUCUUCGCGGCGCUGCUGCCGCCACACGUCAGCAUGGCCGCGCAGCCACCCCCGCCCUCGGGCGCAGGUGCCGGAGCCGGCGCGGGAGCCAACGGUGGGCCGAAGUCGCGCAGUCGGGAGAUCAUUGCGCGCAUCUGGGCUGCCGCGCCGCCGGAGGUGCUGCUGGAUCUGCUCAUUGAGCUGUACCAGCAGGAUCCGACCCACAUGACGCCGCGCAUCGCCAAAGUGUGCUUUGAUCUGGGCAUGCUGCCGAAUGUGCUGGCCUCUGUCCCGGUUCUAGUCGCGCUGGAGCUGGCCUCCUACGCUGCGGGUGCCGGCAUGCUCAACAUGGAGGCCUGGCUCGCCGAGUACUGCACCCGCGACUCCAUGACCGCCAUCCCCAACAUGCUGCGUUACGUGAUGGACAAGACGGCGGACCUGGGGACGGGGGCGGAUGGCCAGCAGCAGCAGCAGGGAGGGCAGGGGGGACAAGGCGCAGCAGGGGGGGCUGGAGGAGCAGCAGGUGGUGGUGGUGAUGCGAGGCGGGGUGUGCCGCUGAGUGUGGAUGCGGCGAGGGCGUUCCUCAAGGUGUUGCAGGCGUCGGCGCAGGGGCUGCCUGUGGAGUUUGUGCGCGAGCUGCAGGUUGUCCAGGGCUCGCUGGCCAAGCAGUUCCCCUCCCUGGCGCCGCACAUCACCGCUGUGAGCACCCCCGACACCUUUGCCAGCGAUGUGGAGGAGGAGGCCAACAGCUACUUCCAGGCCAUCUACAACGAGUCGCGGCCAAUCGAGGAGAUCAUUCGGCGCAUGCAGGCGUACAAGUCCUCGCACAACCCCCGCGAGCAGGAGGUGUUUGCCUGCAUGAUCCACAACCUCUUUGACGAGUACCGCUUCUUUGCGCGCUACCCCGACCGUGAACUCCACAUCACCGCCGCCCUGUUCGGCUCGCUCAUCAAGCACGGCCUGGUCAGCAGCAUCACACUCGGCAUGGCGCUGCGCUACGUGCUGGAUGCGCUGCGCAAGCCCGCGCCUUCCAAGAUGUUUACGUUUGGGUUGGAGGCGCUGCGGCAGUUUGUGCACAUGAUUGCGCCCUGGCCGCAGUUUUGCGUGGGGUUGUUGGCGAAUCCGCAGCUACGAGAGGCGGAUCCGGAGCUCUAUGCGCGCGUUGAGCAGGUGCAUCAGCAGGCGGCAGCCGCGGCUGCGGCAGCGGGCGGCGCCCCGCCGCCGAACAAUGGAGCCGGUCUGCCGCCGCCGCCCGCGGGAGCAGGAGGGAUGCCGGUGGGUGCUGCGGCGGAGCAGUCCCGGCAGCAGCAACAGCAGUCGGGACCGCUACCCAGCGGUGGUAGUGGUGCGGUCGAGGCUGCUGGUAAUAACAGUAGCAACACCAACAACGCCGCUCAAGGCUCCUCGCGCUUCCUGAACCUUCAGCCGGCGGACGGAACGGGAGCAGCUGCCUCUGCUGCUGCUUCGGGUGCUGCUGCUGGUCCCGGUUCCGGAGCGGAUGCGGAGCAGCAACAGCCGCAGCCGCCCGCCAGCACGGCCACUAACACUGCUGCUCCCGCUUCGUCUUCGGGUGCUGCAACAGCAGCAGCUUCAUCGGCAGCUGGCCGUAAUGGCGGCGGGAAGGAGGUGGCGGGUCCGGCAGGACGUCACCCGCCCGGGGUCGCUGCGACUGCAGCUGCAGCGGGUGGUGGCGUUGAGGGCCCCGCUGGUGGCCCUGGUCCUGCUGCUGCUGCUGGCGGUGGUGGGGGUGCAGGAGGAGGUGUUGGGAAGGCGGUGGGCAGUGCGACUGGAGGUGGAGGAGGUGGUCUGCAGGCAGGAGGGGCGGCUGCUGUGUCGUCGCUCGCGGCGGCGGGUGGUGCAGGUGCCCAGCCCAGCAACACCAGCCUGUCUAUGGGCGAGGGCGAUACGGUGGGCAUGAACCUGGCCGCCCAGGUCGCCGCUGCCUCGCUGGCCGCCCCCAUGGGCCCCUCCCUGGCGGCGCUGGUGAACACGGAGAGCCUGGAGAGCGCGGCGGAGAAGUACCGCGACUUCCAGGAGCCGCCCGAGCUGGUGGCGGACAAGAUCCACUUUGUAAUGAACAACAUCACCAAGGACAACAUGGAGUCGCGCAGUGUGGAGAUCCGCGACCGCGUGUUCCCCGACUUCCUGCCCUGGUUCGCCAACUACAUGGUGGUCAAGCGAGCGGCGCAGGAGGCCAACUUCCACACGCUGUACAUGUCGCUGCUGGAGCACCUGGGGGACAAGGAGCUGCUGCGGCUGAUGGUCAAGACAACCAUGUACUACGUCAAGGUGCUGCUCUACUCGGAGCGCAUCCUCAAGGAGUCCAACGACCGAGCGCUGCUCAAGAACCUGGGCACCUGGCUGGGCCUGCUCACCUUUGCGCGCAACAAGCCCGUCCUCAGUCGCGACCUGGAGCUCAAGGCGGUCAUCUGCGAGGCCUACCAGCGCGGGCGGCUGAUCGCGGUGCUGCCCUUUGUUCAGAAGCUGCUGGAGGGCUGCCGGCACUCGCGUGUGUUCAAGCCCACCAACCCCAUGGUUGCUGGUAUACUGUCGCUGCUGGCGGAGCUGCAUGCAAUGAAGGGCCUCAAGAUGAACAACGCGUUCUCCAUUGAGCUCAUCUUCAAGGCCUUUGGUCUCAGCCCGCACGACGUGAAGCCCUCGGAGACGCUCAAGACCCUGCCCCGCGAGCGCAUCACCAACCCCGACUGGCAGCUGGAGCAGCUCCCCUCGGAGAUGCAGGCCCAGGGCGUCACCGACGCAGCCGCCGUUGCCGCCACGCCCACCGCCGGCGGUGCUGCCUCCGCCGGCACCGCCAAGCCCAGCGUCCCCUCCUCUCCCGCGCCCCCGCCGGCGCCCUCACCCUCCAUGCCGCCCUCCUCCCCCAGUGCCAUGUCUGCAUCCGGCGUCCGAUCCACCGGAAGUACCCAUCUGCCGCAGGGCGCCGCCGCGGCAGCGGCGGCGGCAGCAGCCGCCGCCGCCCCCGGCUUCCUGGACGCCUCCGGCCCCAAGGCUCCCGGUGCUCCGGACCAGCAGCAGCAGCAGCCCCAGCAGCAACAGCCCAUGCCGUACGGCAUGCCCGGCGCGUUGCAGAUGGGCGGCAUGCCACCCGCCGGCGUCACGCCCGCUGCUGCCGCUGUGGCGGCGGCUGCCGCCGCCGCCCGCGCGCCUGGUCUCUCCGGCGCCCCCGGCCUGCCCCCCGACGCCGGCCUCUUCGCCAACCUGCACCAACACGUCAUUAUCAACCCCUCUCUGGGCGACAUUGGGGAGCGGUUGGUGCUCAAACGCCACGUGCCUGCUGCCGUGGACCGCGCCAUUGGCGAGAUCAUCACGCCCGUUGUGGAACGCAGCGUCACCAUUGCCUGCUACACCACGUACGAGCUGGUGCUCAAGGACUUUGCGGGUGACAGCGAUGAGUCGCGUCUGCGCAAGGCGGCGCACCUUAUGGUGUCGUCGCUGGCGGGGUCGCUGAGCCUGGUGACGGCCAAGGACCCGCUGCGCAUCUCGCUGACCAACCAGCUGCGCCAGAUGCUGCAGGCCCAGGUCGCCGACACCGCCAUGCUAGACCAGAUCAUCAGCGUGCUCGUCAACGACAACCUGGACCUGGGCUGCACGCUCAUUGAGCGGGCCGCGACGGACAAGGCGGUGCGGGACAUUGACAAGAGCCUGCAGGCCGCUUAUGAGGAGCGCGCCAAGGCUCGUGCGGCCGGCAAGCCCUGGGUGGACUCCGCCGCCUUCCACUCCGCCGGCUCCCGCUUCCCAGGCAGCCUCCCGGAGAGCCUGCGCCCCCGCCCCGGCGGCAUCCAGCCCCACCACCUGCGUGUGUAUGAGGACUUUACCCGCAUCCCUCGUACGGCACCUGCCGUACCGCCUGCCGGCCCGCCCGUACCCGGCGGUGCUGCCCCCCCUGGCGCCGCCCCCCCGGCCCCGGGAGGUGUGGUAACCUCGGCGGGUGGUGUGCCCCAGCCCCCGGGGGUGGCGCCCCGGCCGCCGGCUGGUUACCCUGGUGGCGCGGUGGGAGGAGCUCCCCCCGGCUCCUUCCAGGGUCUGGACGCACUGGUGGCUGCCUCGGGUGGCGCCUCCGACAAGCCCUCUGUCGUGGUGGGCGCGCUCGAGGUGCGCUCCGACGCCGCAGCCGCCGCAGCCCUCCUCGACCGCUACCUCCUCUGGCAGCAAGCCGUGGACGCCGCAGUCGCCACCAAGGAAGCCAACCCCACCGCCGACCAAUCCGACCUACAAGCCCUUCUCGCCGAACUCUCCGAGGCCCUCGGCUCCGGCGCGGCGCCUCCUGAAGACGCGGCGGCGUUCUUUGCUCGCCGUAUUCUGAAGCACCUGUACGACAGCGCGGCCUCCGCUGGAUCCAAGCUGUCGCUGUCAUUCCAUGCGGCCUGUCUGGAGCUGCUGAGCGGUGCCAGUCCGAGCGGGCGGGUGGUGGGCGAGAUGACUGUGGGCUACCUGUCUGCGGAUGAUGAGCGGAAGUUCAGUCCGGUGCUGCUGGAGAUGCUGCUGCGGCUGCGGCUGCUGAGCCUGCCCGACCUGGACGCGUACCUGUGCAAGCUGCUGCAGACGCCGGCGUCGCGCACACAGGCUGUAUCCGACAUGGUGUUCUUCCUGCUGCGCUCCAUGGCUCUGCGUGACGGUGUGGUGUCCUUCACCGACCUGCCGGCCACCAUGGAGCUGCUGGGGCGCAUGGCGGUGGGCAAUGUGCCGCUGGCGGGCAUGGUGGAGGCGGCGAGGAAGGCCGCGGUGGCCCCUGCGCUGAGUCGCUCUCCCGCGGAGAUCCCUGCGGUGGUGCGCGACAAGGCGGCCGACCCGCCGGGUCUGCGCGACCAGAGCCUGAAGCUGUUCGAGGAGUGGGUGCACCUGAUCAACAUGCACGCGGACGAUAAGGCGCUGUACGGCUUCCUCACCGGCCAGGUCCGAGCCGCCGGCGUGCUCAAGAUGGACGACACCACCGACCGCUUCCUGCGCACCCUCACCGAGCUGGCGGUGGCGCACUGCCUGGCCUCCGCGGAGGCAGCCGCGGCGGCGGCGGCAGCGGGAGGCACCGCGGGCGCUCGGCCGGAGGCGGCUGGUUCCGGUCCGCUGAGCUUCAUCGCCACGGAUGCGCUGGUGUCGCUGGUGGCGGCGCUGGUGGUGCAGCUGAAUGGAGGAGAGACGCUGCUGAACAGGUAUCUGGCGUUGCUGGUGGGCCUCAUCAAGCGCGACGCGGACGAGGCAACCAUCAAGUUCAACGCACGCCCCUACCUGCGCAUCUGGGUGGGACUCAUGUCGGAACUGGGAGCCAUGCCGGGAUCCCACGCCUCCGCUGCCGCCUCCGCCACAAGCACCACCGCUUCCGGCGGCAGCCCCAACCCUGCAGCGGCUGACGGCGGCUUGCCGCCCGCCGCCGCCGACACCGCCAGUCAGCUCCGCUACCUGCGCGCCUGCGGCGUGGCGCUUCACGCGCUGCAGCCCCUGUCCGUCCCUGGCUUUGCGUUUGGCUGGUUGGAGCUCAUUUCGCACCGUUCCUUCAUGCCGCGGGUGCUGACGGCGCCGCUGGCUAGCGGCUGGCCGCUGUUUGCCUCGCUGCUGAUUGCGCUGCUGCGCUUCCUGGAGCCCUACCUGCGCGGUGCGGACCUGUCUGAGUCGGUGAAGCAGCUGUACAAGGGCUGCUUGCGGCUGCUGCUGGUGCUGCUGCAUGACUUCCCAGAGUUCCUCUGCGAGCACCACUUCAGCUUGUGUGAGGCCAUCCCGCCCCCCGCGGUGCAGAUGCGCAACCUGGUGCUGUCGGCCUUCCCGCGCAACAUGCGGCUGCCCGACCCCUUCACACCCAACCUCAAGGUGGACCUGCUCCCUGAGAUCCAGCAGCUCCCCCGCAUCGUGCCCGACCCCGAGCAGCUGCUGCCCGAGGGCCUGAGGCAGCAGGUGGACGCCUUCCUGCGCUCCCGCGCGCCAGCCAACCUGCCGCAGGAGCUGGCCAAGCGGUGCAGCAUGCAGCAGGGCGCGGACAAGGCGGGCAGCCCGGGAGGCACCGCGGGAGGUGCUGGAAGUGGCUCGGCGUACAAUGUGCCGCUGAUUAAUGCGCUGGUGCUGUAUAUUGGCUCGCAGGCCAAGACGGUGUCCAGUCCGCUGCACCCGGGGGCCCAGGAGAUGUUUGUGCGCAUGGCGGGCGAGCUGGACGCCGAGGGGCGCUACCUGCUGCUCAACGCCAUGGCCAACCAGCUGCGCUACCCCAACGCCCACACCUACUACUUCUCCUGCACGCUGCUCACGCUGUUCCUAGAGUCCAAGAGCGAGGGGCUCAAGGAGCAGAUCACGCGCACGCUGCUGGAGAGGCUGAUUGUGAACCGGCCGCAUCCGUGGGGGCUGCUCAUUACGUUUAUUGAGCUCAUCAAGAACAGGCGCUACAACUUCUGGGCACACAGCUUCACCAAGUGCGCUCCGGAGAUUGAGAACCUGUUUACCUCGGUGUCUCGGAGUUGCCUGGGAACCAACCGCGCGGAGGAGGAGGCGGCAGCCGCGGCGCAUGCGAAGGAGGGCGUUGCGGUGCGGGUUUGAGGGGGGGUUGGUCUAAUCAGCUCUCGGCACGAUAUGCAGUCAGCCAGGGACGUGGGCUGGAGGGUUAAAAUGAGGAAACCCGGGCUGUGUGGUGGGGUGGUGGGUGAGACACACCCUGUGCAGAGCGUGCGCGACUGGCAUGAGAAGGAGCAGCGGCGGAAGCAGCGUCCUUCGUGGGGAGGGCCUGUUUGCCUUUUGUACGCGUAAUGUUGUAUCUGUAUACGUCUCUUGCGUGUUUUCCUGCGCAUGGGGAGUGCUUUUGUGGUGCGGAGUGUAGGCGCUAGUGACAUUUGCCAAGCUUUUGCGUUAAGGUCUUACACCAGACGCGUUAUCCCAGUAUAAACGUUUUUGCAGUUUAGUCCCAAUUACCGACAAGGUAUAACAUCUCACAGUGCAUUGUAUCUCUGGUGAUGUGCGUACUACCAGUAAGGGGUCGCGUUUUGAAGGAGGGGAUUUUGCCGGCCUGGGACGAUGGGAAGCUAUACCGGUAGUCGGCCUUUUGCUUUGGGCCAGAUGGGUCCUGUAGGACUGCCGGGAGGGGAUGCACGCGGCAGUUGCGGGUUUGCAGUUUGCAGAAACGCGGGGGAUGAGGGCGGCGGAAGCGGGGGCUACCGUUGUCUUUUCCCCUUGACUGCACCGCUGAUUGCCGAUGUGUAGCCGGUAGAACCUGCGGGAUCCCUGGAACGAGGCAUUGGUCGCUGCUUCUUGUGGCGUUUCCAUGGUCGGCUUUUGCAGCUGUAGCUAGUACGGUAUCGGAUAGUCGUACGUGUGGGUAUGUGCUAUGGGUCGGCUAUUAAACGCGAAUGAAUGAGGAGUGGGUGCGUGUGUGUAGGUGUGUUUUGCUAAAGAGACAUCAGCCAAAGGGAAAAUAAAGAACUGAGAACUGUAAGGUUGAAAACUUGUACGCCAAA